UAUUCAUGGCAGGUACAGGCACAGGAGGCGGCGGACAAGCUCCAGGGCCCGGUUUAGGGUCUGGAUCGGGGAUUUGUAAUCCGCGAAAAUUUAGCGAAAAAAUUGCAUUGCACACUCAACGGCAAGCUGAAGACACUGCCGCCUUCGAAGAGGUUAUGAUGGACAUCACUUCCACCAGAUUUAAAGCUCAGAGAAUACGUCAGGCGAAAGGUCAGGCACCUUACUACGGUGGUUCUUUACCCAAUGUCAGUCAGAUUGCGAGAGGAUUCACAGAGUCCCAGAGCCAGUUCCCAUGUAACCAAGACUACUGUUGUCCCAUCCGAAACUACCCAAUGGCCCGCAGAGAGAGCAGACUCAGCCCCCCUGGCCGACCAAAUAAGAGACAUAUUGACCAUGCACCCUAUCACACAACCUUGCAGUCCCCACCCCCUGGUCCCAGCUGGAGAAGAAACUGGUCAAAUAGCUCGGCAGCAGAAACAAGCCACUUUGUUCAUCUCCCAGUGACAGCAUUGAAUAGGACAAAUUCGGAUUCAGCCCUUCACACUACUUUGCGAAACACGCAAACGGGAGACUCCCAGAGAUCCACUCAGCCACUUGCAUGCUGCAGCAGACCUAGCGGAACCCCAGCUUUUCUGUUUCCAGUGCCUCUGAUUGAAGAGAAUGUUCCAGAAGAGGGUAAACCUCUUAAACUGACUAAUGCACCCAAGUUCCUGACAACGUCGACAGGAUGUGAAACACCCGACAUCCAUAUCUUCCCUUCCUCAGACCAGGAGACCAGCUCUCUCCUCAAUGUUCCUUCUUCUCUCAACACAUGCGGCUCUCUCCCAGACCUUUCCAGUCUGCAUCUCCCCUCUCCACUGCCUCCGGGUUUGGACUCAGAAUCACUUAACCCCACUGUGCCCCUAAGCAGUGCCAACAGCAUUGGGCACUUACCCAACACUCCUGCACAUCCAUAUGUCAGGGCAGACAGUGAAGGCCCCUUGCCCAGCUUGUCUUCACCUCUGCAGACAUGCAUCAGUACUCCAUUACUCCAGUCUUCACUUAGCAGUCCAAACAUCCAAUCAUCGCUCAGCACUAACUCCCUUCUCAGCUCUUUAAGCUCCACCUCCUCAUGCCUUUCACUGAGUAACUCCUCCCUGCAGUCAUCCCUCAGUAACCAAUCUCUUCAGUCCACGCUAAGCAACUCCUCCCUCGGUAACCAGUCUGUCCAAUCAGCAGCCAGCCACUGUAGCUACAGCAGUGGAAUUGGUGAUUCUCGAUCUUGCUCCUCCUCCUCUCUGUCUGGAUCGCCGCAUGCUGCUGGCCAAGCUCAGAUCUUACAUACCAUCUCAUCACGGAAGCGGAACCAGGUUAGCCCACUGAUCAUGCCGAGCAGUGGAGAAUCUCGCUGGCACCUUCCGAAACAGUUUUCCCCCACAGUUUCCCCAACACUCUCAUCUAUAACUCAGGGUGUUCUUCUCAACACUUCCAAAGUGUCAAGAGAGCUAAAGCUACCAGUGUAUCAUCAGUGUGAACCAUCACAGGCUUGUCCUCCACUGACUCACCAACUGUCACUACAGCUACAGCAGUUUAAGCCAGAAGGACAGCGAGAGUACCUUCAGGAGACAAAACACCACGUGCCAAGUCAACACCAAGUACAUCAUCAUAAAAAUACCCAAGGUCAAAACCCACAACAGUUACAUCUGAGACAACAGCACCAGCUUCCCCAUUCGCAUGCUCAGCAAUACCAAGCUCAGCAUCAGUAUCCACAGACACAACACCAACAGCAGUUUCAGAAGCCGCAAGAUCCCCAGCCCCAGCCGACACCACAGCAAGAACAUCUGCCUCUACAAGCACCCCCACAUCUCCCACAACAACAGGAAUAUCAACAUAAAGAGCAACAACAACAACAACAACAACACAUUGAUCCACAACCAUACUCUCAGGUUCAACAGUUACAUCAACAAGAACAUCUACGCCUACAAUGUCAACCCCAUCUGUGGUACCAGCAGUAUCCGCCCCACAGUCAUCAACCAUCUCAUCAUCGGCAGGACCAGGAGCAAGAUCCAGGUUACCAGUCUCAUCAGUGCCAAUCUCAGGGCGCUCGCAUGCCAACCCAGAGUCAGGCCACUUUCUUUCAGAAUGCAGCUCUGUCAGGGAUACUGCCGAGCACGCCAGAAGGGCCAGUGCAAACCACGUUAAGACCAUGCAAGCAUGCAUGGGAGCAGCUAAAACAGCUGUCUAAGGUGAAGGUCCUUGAGGGUCGAGGAAAGAGCAUUUUGCCUGGUCACAAAGCGAUGUCGUCAGCCAGGGACAGUAUCCGACAAGGAGGAAUACCAGGUUUGCAGGAUUCUGGAUCCCAACUUUCCAACGAAUCAUACAUGGGUCUCCAGCUGACUCCGAGUCAAACUGAAGCUCUCUCCCAGCAGCUUGGGCAGAUCCACAGAGAGACUUCAGGCGUGAGUGGUGCAACAGGUCCCACGUCUCGGGUAACAAUGGGGAAAAAUGAGCCUGAUUUUGAAAGCCUCCAUCCCCAUCAGACCCAGAGCCACUGUGAUGGAACCUAUAGUUUUUCUGGUGUCACCCUAGCAGAUCCCGCCUCCUGGCUGGACCAGGAGAUCUCUGGUUUUCCGGGCGCUCUGCUGGACUUGGACAUGGAGCCAUUUGCCUUAGAUGACAGUGGGUGUGGCACACAUGCUGAUGGUAACACCUUGGAUGCAGAUACUCUGGGAGAGAUGUGCUCUAAUCCUCACCACUGACCAGAGUCAGUAUUAAAAUUAUGAUGAAAAAUAAACCCAUAAAAUGCACUGUCUUUAUUCUUUUUUUGCCGUCAGACUGGAACUAAGUGAUAGAAAAGCGCUUGAAAGAUGUUUGUACAAAGCUUAAGAGGUGAAAAAGGAUGUUGUUGUUGUUUAAUCGCAAACUUUAAAUUCUGCUCUCUCUCUAUUUGACCAUGCACUUUGUCUGUUUGGAAAUCCUUAAGUAUCUCAGUUAUAGAUGAUCUCGAUUGAGAACGGCCACUAUCUCGCACAGCUCUGUUUGCCUGAAAAUGAGAUUAACAGUAACUUUAUGUCUUCAUUUUCUUACAUCUGUACAGUCAGUUACAUCUCUUGAAUAAUGAAAAAGAUUCAUUACUGCCUCUUCUCGCUUAAUUAUAUUACUUAUUUAUGAUAAUUUUAUGAAUGUUUGUAUGGAAAGUCAGUUAAUUUCCGUCACCUUGCUCUCUAGGAGAGAUGAAAGAUUUUAACAUAUUUAUGGUAUAUGAAACUGGCCCCAUUUUUUUGUUGUAAAUAUGUCAAAUGCAAUGUGUUUUCAUCAUUUACCAAAGAAAACUGAGGAGUAUUAAAAUACAAACUUACAAAUUUAUGCAGACAUGUUUGCCAACGUUAUACAGUAUUUUACAUGCCAAACGAGAAAAUGCCACUUUGACUUUGAAAAUCUUGUAUUAAAAAGUGUGAAUAGGACUAAACUAGGGCUUUUUUAGGUCUACAUUUCCAUAGUAAUAUAUAUUCUUAAUGAACUUCUCAUGAUCAG